AGCGUUUGGGUUGAGAGGCAUACAUUCGUGUUGCUUGGGAACUUCUUGCACAUUCAUAACCUGACUGUUUUAGACCUCAUGCAUGUUUGUGUGCACAUGAACCUCAGCAUAAUAAUACUAAUGCACAAGUCUUCUUUCCAGUGUUAGCGUUUAUAAGCAUGCACAUUCCCACGCAUGCUGGUGUGUUUGUGCUCUUCACACUUCAGAGGCUAGCUGAGCUUACAGUAUGCUUUCAACUUUUAGGACUUGGCAUCAGGAACAAAGUGAGUUACUGCAGAAGAAUAAGAAGCAAACUGCCUUUUAACUUUCUCGUUACACAUUUGUGAUUGUUUCACACUAGUUCCAUCUGCAGGCUAGACAGAAAACAAAAAAAGGCCAUCACAGUCUGGUGUUUGAAGCCCCUGAGAAAUCCUCAUCUCUGCUCUUCACUGAUGCUGGAGUCAAGUUAAUGCCUGUUAAGGCGGGUGGCUAGUGUGGUUUGGGGAUAAUUGUGGAUAUAAAAGCUGUAGUUGAGUGGUGGCUGAUAGCUUACUUUUCCACAUGCCCAUUGUUUGUUAAAACUGUGUGUGUGUGUGUGUGUGUGUGUGGAGGGCAGGCAGCAGCAGAUGAGGCGCCACACUUCACUGUGGAAGGGGGGGGAAGCUCAGACUGAGUGCGAUUUUACUACGCUCGCUCGUUUAACCAGAGCCUUAUCCCACCGCAUUCUCAUUUGAAUAGACCUCCAAGAGUCUUUGCUCCGCACUUUUGGAUGGAGGGAAAUAGAUUUUGCAUGAUUUCACUUUCUUAUGCAAACAUGGGGAGGUGGAGGCCGUGGCACCGGGAUGUGUGGGGUGCUGGGUCGAGGAUGUGGGAGUGAAAUAAAACUUUGAACAGCAUUAAAUCACUUUUUUGCCUCUUCAUUAUAUCCUCUAGAACGGCACGGUCUUAAAUUACUUGUCCCGAUUCAGCAGUUCCCAAAUUUGUUUCUUAUUCCCCCCUAAUAUUUUAUGAUGUCGGACUGUAAAUUUUGGGCUGGCUAAAUUGAGAAGAUUGUAGUCUAACCGUUUUCUUUUUUUUAUUUUAUAUUUUUCUUACAUUUUUGGACAUAUUUAAUUGAUUGUUAAAACAGUAAGUCUGUCAGUCUGACUUUUAAUGGUUUUGUUCCCUAUAAAAUAUAAGGUUUUUUUUUUCCUCGAUAUCAGUGCAUGAGAAAGUUGCUUAUUAAUGGCCAUUAUAACCACUUAAAUUGAUGUAACGUGGAAAAUAAUUUACGUAAUCAGAUGAUUUGAUAUUGGUCUAGAUACUAGCGUUAAGCAUUGCAAUUUCUUAUUUAGAUUAGUUUAUAAACACAAUAGCUUUUUGCUCAGUCAUACUAAAGGCAGCCUUAAUUUCUAAACAGUAGAUUGCGUGCCCAAGAUUAAAUCAGUAAAUUAACUAGGCGUCUGUUGAAAAAGAAAUUUCGAAGCACAGCUAUAUAAAGGUCUAGUUAAUUAUAGAGAGGGAAAUGCAAUAAAUAGACUAGGCUCCCCUGUUCUCAUUCGAGGCGAGGCACUCUUUCAGACCUUUGCAUGUUGAAGUAAUCUUGAUUCAUUUGCCACAUCUGAAUUCAUUUUGCUGAGUAUGGCGACCAUCUGCCUUCACAAGUCAAAGCAAAGACUCCAGCUUUCAUCCAACAGAGGGGGCGAAAACAGAAGGAUUUGAAAUUUUAUGCUCGGAUGUAUUUAUUGGGGAAGUUAGUGCUGUCUGUGCUUCUGCUCUCGGGACGCCUUGAAACACUUCGCUUUCUCUAUGAGCAACAGUGCUGCGAGCCCCAUGGCAGCCAGCAGCACCUCAAUGGCAGCGAGAGGAUCCGGAAAACCCAUCAGCUUUAUCCCAGAGCUGCAGAGCAUGAUGUUUGCACUGGGGGAUUCUCGGAGACCCCUGCAUGAAACCGCUGCCCUCGUUGAAGACAUCGUGCACACGCAACUCAUCAAUAUGCUCCACCAGGCAGCCGAGGUGGCUCUCCUCCGAGGAGCCAGGGUCAUAUCGCCGGAGGAUAUCAUCUUCCUCAUGAGGAAAGACAAGAAAAAAUUGCGAAGACUCCUUAAGUACAUGCAGUUUCGAGAUUACAAAUCCAAACUGAUGAAAACCCUUGAUGAUGAAGAGCCACUGGACUCAGACAAAUUCUCCAGCAGCAGUGCCAACAAGAGGCAGAAGCUGGCGCUGGACUUCCUGGGCUCCAUCGACCAGACAGGGGAAUUCCUGACACUGCUAGAGGACGAGGAGGUGGAUGAAGUCAAGCAGGAGAGGAUGGAGAGACUUGAAAAACAGACAAGGAAUAUGGACUCGGCACAGUAUGCUGAUUUUUGUGAGAGCCGACAGCUCAGUUUUUCUAAGAAGCUCUCCAAAUUUCGUGAGUGGUUGGACUGCAGCAGUCUGGACCUGAAGCCCAACGGGGUCUCCAUGGAGAUCCUGUCAUAUCUGGCCUAUGAAACAGUUGCCCAGAUUGUCGAUCUUGCCCUGUUGGUCAAACAAGACAUGACCCCCAAAACAGGUGACCCGUUCAGCCAUGCCAUCUCAGCCACUUUUCUGCAGUACCACAGCUCCAGUGCUGAGGCCUCAUCUGCCAAAAGAGAGAUGGAUUCUCCAGAGAACACACCUCCUUCCACCCCAAGCUCGGGUCAUCAGGCCAAACUGCACUCCAUGAACCAGGGCAAUGGCACACUCUCUCAGGACUCGAGCAGCAAGAGCAAACAGCGCAAGAGGAAGAAGAGCGCAGCAGCGUGUGGCGCGGAGGCUCAGAGCAGUGCCAUCCAGCCCGGCCACAUCAGAGAGGCCAUCAGGCGCUACAGCCACAAGAUUGGCCCACUCUCCCCCUUCUCAGAGGCGGCCGCUUGUCUCUCACGUUUAGAUGACUGCCCAGGCCUUGGGAGCCAGCGAGAGGACACGGCACAUCUGAUCAAAGAUAAAGUCUCGCUUACUGAGGGUCAUCCAUCUCCGUUUUCCCCUCUCAGUCCUGGCACUGGUGCAGUCGUGUGGACUGGAAGAGAGGAGUGCAAACAGCCUCAUUCCUCACGCAAACAAGCACCAGAGAGCAGCAGAAAGAGUCGCUCUUUUAACUCCACUCUUCUUUUUUUUUUUUUUUUUUUUUUUUUUUUUAAAUUCCCACACAUCAAGAAAGCCAUGACUUUAGUUGUGAUCUGCGACUCCUCUCAUCAGCUUCGAGAACUUCUGUUUUCUGUUAUGUUGUGGGAUACAGUGAGUGUUUAACUAAGAACCUUCUCCUGACUGCUGAUUCAUUCUUUUUAGAAUGAUUUCUUUGCUGAGAAUAUCCAGCUCUCAGCAUGGAGGCAUCUAACACGCUGAGCAUUGUUUUUCUGUCAGUCAGUCAAUAAAUUAAAUAAUAUGUCAAAAACCAGGAAUAGUAACAUAUACCACAGCAUGAACCCAGGGGUGGCAAUUACGGCAGAGCCCUAUACGAUAAAUUAUGCUACAUGGAUAUCAUGGAUAUCCCGCUAUCUUUUUAUUAAUUUCUUUACUUUUUUAAUAAUCACAAACUGACAGGAAGCAGCUGAUAUAAUAAAAAAAAAAAGUGUAUAUCAUCUUUAAAAAAAAUGUCAUUUAUUUUGGAAAUGUUUAUACAUUUGUUUAUUAAUAAUUAACAAAUGUAUUAUUAUUUAUAAUAUUUUUGUUUAUAUCACAUAUCGUGUAUUGUAGAAAUUCCUGCCCGAAUCGUGAUAUGAUAUUUUUGUCAUAUCGCCUGAAAGACAUAGAAGACACCUGAAAUCUAGGCUUUUCUGCUGUUUCAGAUAGAACAAUAGUCAGACCAAACAUGAAUAAAAUUCACUCUGCAAAAAUGGCAGUUCACUGAAGGGGAAAGGACACAGAAUAUGAAAGAUAGGCAUUUUCUACUGGUAAUGGUUACUUUCAAUUCAUACCAACCUUAUCUAGAUGAACUUUGACCUGUGCAUUCACAAGCUUCAGACCUGUGAGCCAGUAUGAUCCAAGUGGGCGGGACUGUGGGAGGAGCUGCUAAUUAUUAUGUGCCAUCGCACCGAAGAUUUGUCUCGCCAUUUUCUUACUGUUACUUGCAUCUGAAAAAUAAAUCCACUGACAUACGCUAGACUGAACUUACAGUCAAGUGCAAAAGUUUGCACUCCCUUGUACCAAAUGACGACAGUAAAUAGACUAAAGACAGUUGGUCAAAUAUUGUUUAAGAUAUUAAUAGUGAAGCCGCUAAAAUAAUAUUUCUGAAUGUGAUAAAUGUGGCCUUUUGUUCCACUUGCCUGUGAGGACAUUUUCAGCUCUCCUGCUGUUUGAUUUGGAAGUAAUUUUUUUUCCUUCAUUUAUUUUUCAUUUAUUUACUCCCCCUAAAAAUAUGUUUUUAACCACUGAUAUUUUUAGCUUCUUUUUUAUUUUAUUUUUAUUUUUUUAUUUUUAUGUAAGAUCAGUAUUUUCUUAUUAGGUCUUGUCGCUGCUUUUUCAGAUUCUGUUGACUUCAUUUGGACAUAGUAAACAUGCUGACUGUUUUAAGUUAUCUAGUGCAUUUUAGCAGGCAUGCAAAGUUUGAGCUUCCCAGUAUACAAAAGUGUUCACAUAUGGACAUCAGAGUAUGUUUGAGAAGUUUUAAAGGCUUGGAUGAAGUGGACAUGAAGAGAUUUAUCCCUGUAGAAAAUUCCUGUGUACAAAUUCUCAGAACAUUUCUAUAUACAGUUUUCAACAUGUGUACAUUCUUCUCUAUUUUCCUGAGUGUUUUUAAACAGAUGCAUUAAUUUGCAACACGUAAAUCAAAUCUAAUACACCAUAUGUUGCAGAUAUGCAUGUGGUGACCAUUCUCUCUAGAAGCACAGGAUACAGGGUGUGUUCUGACUAAAGUCUUCCAGGCCUCGCACGUCCACCCAUUCCCACAUUUCUGAUCCGUACACCCAUGAUUUCAGCAGAGCUCAUAAUGUACAUGGACAAU